UGAGAUAGAAGUGUAUAAUCUUGACUCGAGUUACACAAAAACGCACCAUUUACGUAACACCACGUGAUCCGAAAUAAACGUGUAGUAUCUAUAAUUAAUCUAUUAGUUGUAUCAGCAUAAUGUAAUACAUUCAUUGGUUUCAAAAACGUGUGUUUUAUGAGAAAAAACGUACGGACUUUUUCUUGAAACUAUUGUUUGUCAGUGAUAUUUUGUUUCUACCGCAGCAGAAGAUGAACUUUUCGUGUAUGCGUAUUCCUUUAUGCUGUGUUGUGACUUAAUGUGUAACAAUGGAGUUGGAAAACGAAACCAUUAACGUGAGAUGACAUCUGUUGGAUGUUAAAAGUGUUGGCCGUGCAUUUAUGUUAUGCAUGCUACGUAAUGUGGGCAUACAGAAGUGGUUUUCAUUACGAGUUUAUUGUAAAAGUGUAAUAACAAUUGGAACUUUCGUUGUGAAACGUAAUUGAACUGAACUGGAAGUGGACUUCAUUUUUGUGAUAAUUUAAAACCCGAUCGAUUAUCCAGUUACGUACCUGAUUUAUUGAAUUUUAUAUGUUAUAUACUAACAGUGUUAUGGAACGUGGAAGUUAGUUUAGAAUAUGUUAAUAGAAUAAGAUGAAGUGAGAUUGGAAAAAUGAAAUUCAUUGGCCUUCAUAGGCAAAUCAGACACGCGGUACGUGGAUGUGCCAGAACUUGAACAAACUUUUAUUUCUAAUGGUUGUGUUUUAAUUCCGUAAUGUUGGUAGUAUUUUUCUGUGUAAUGAUGAAGAUCUUAGAAUUCUCCUCGGGCCACGUUAUUGUUAACAAUAACAUCAGGAACAAGAACAGAAACAAUAGCAUUAACAACAGGAACGACAUCAAGUCACGCCAGAGCCUCAAAAGAUGUCGCCGAGGUUUCCAAUCCAGUGGCCACCAGAGAGGAAUGACUGAGGAGAUUUCUAAAGUGAAAACUGUUGGGGCCCAAAGCUCUGCAUCUGACUGCAAUUCAAAUCACACCAGCAACACUGUUGCUGCACCUGACAAGAAUGGUGAGACCACCUCUAGCUACAUCAGCAAUGCUUCUUCACAGGAUGUGGAUUUCAUUCAGGAUAAUUCUGAUUAUCAGUGGUUUCUUGACUAUGGUUAUCGAGACGGACCGCCCUCCACCCAUCACUCGCACCAUCAUACCAGUGUUCUCUCAUCUUUGGCAACAUCAUAUGCAUGUGAUGACCUCAGCUAUUAUGAUGACAUGGCCAGGAACUUGGAUGCAAAUUUAGCUGAAGUAGACAUGGAAGACUUCCGCACCGAGGAUAUCCAUUCAAUCCUCACCACACUACCAACCAUGUGCUGUGGAGAACUACAGUCUGAACGUGAAGGUGAGAUGUUCGCGAGUGUCUCGGGUUCCAUGAUGGCCAAGUUUGACUUUGACUCCUCUAUAAGCCCUCACACCAGCUCUCAAGGAGAAGAUUCUGCAGGCUCUACUGACACCAUGUCCAUCUGCAAGUCUGAGCUUCUGUUCUCACCAGUGAAGGAAUGUCCUCUCCCAUCCACCAACUUCAGUGUUGACUCUCUGGACUGUGACCUUCUGACAGAACAUGAUAUCAUGCUCACCUGUCAGGCUAAUAAGGACAACUACACCAUUGCUUUUGAAGGCAGCAUGACACUUUAUUCUGAAGAUUCAGACUACCAUGAAGCAGGUGGGAGUGAGGCUACAACAUCUGGGAGCAACAACUGGUCAAGUACCCGAUUUGUCAAGCCAUCAAGUGGACGAGGUGGAGGGGGUAGUCAUCCAUUGGACACAUCAAUGGCACGUUCAGAUUCUGUCUAUACAACAUGGAGUAAAUUGAAGAAACGUUCAAGUGAAGUACAGUUGACACGUCACCCAUCUGGCAAUAACAACACUACUUACCCUGAAGGAGCAUGUAUUCAGAGUUUCCAGCCUGUGGAUGCCACAGCGCUGAAGAGCCAAAGUAUGCCCAACCUGUCACAACGACGGCGCAGGUGUCUGUUAGCUUCUGUGAGCAGCAAACUCAGCAGUGCUUUGAGUUCAUCAAUGGAGUCUGAAACAAGGACAAGGCUCCCAAGUAUAGGGGGUUGCAUGAAGUUGUAUGAUGUUCAGCACCACCAUAACAGCAGCAGUCUCCUUUCAGCACACUCAGAAACGAACAGCUCAGUGGAUGGUGCCAGCAGCUGCAGUGGGGGAGGUGGCCGGAAGCAACAUAACUUCAGCCUUGUCAAACUGUUCAUGAAACAGAAGAGUGUAAGUAAUGAGGGGAUGUGUUAUGCUAUGGACCAGUCAUAUGCCAGUGAAUGCUGGCCAGCUUCUAACAACAGUCAGUCAGAAGGAGAAAGUGAUUCAUACAACCAAGACUCCACGAGACAAAGAUCUUGUCCUGUGAUCAACACUGCAGCACCUGCCAGCAUUCUGAAUGCGGCUCUUGGUCUACAUGGUGCAGGAAACCGUGAGGAUGGUGCUUGUGGUUGUCUUAAUGAUUGCCGUUGUGAACUGCAUGAUACAGAAAAUUCCUGUGACAAUGGUAAUAAAACCAGAGCAGAUUAUGGAGCUGAAAAUGGAAAUGAUCAUAAGACAACAGCUGAUACUCUGGAUGGAGCAACCAACAACUGGAUCCGGGGAGAUGAUGCUGCCACUGACUAUUCCACUUGCUGCUUUGAGGACAGCCUGGUGGAACCUAGCAGGAAGGAAGACUCUUAUAUGCAUAGACAGCAUGAGCUUAUUGAGGAGGAGGAGGAACAUGCAUCUGACAGGUCAGAAUCAGUUGAACAGUUAUCAGAGAGUGUCUCAAAGAUCGAAGAGUCCACUCUGGAUAUAGGAAUAAACAGCUGUAAUAGUGACCAGCAGGAAGAGCAAUGUUCAAACUCUAGUCAUACCAAUACGUACAAGUUAUUAAAACCAAAGUGUAGUAGUAGCAUUGCAAAGAACGUAACAAUGUUCAAUAUAAAUAACAAUAACAGUAUUGAGAAGGAAGACAUACAGAUUCUUCAGAGAAAGAGGCAGGAGAAAGGGCAGAGCCAAGGAACACAGACCAAGAGGUUGAAUAGUUCUGGUAGUUCCACACCCUCACUAUCUGGUGAGAGCAUCAGUAACUGCAGUUCAAGUGAGGAAACAGAACCAACAAGGUUGCAGAACUUUUUACCUUCUAGGAAAAAGGCUUGCAGCAGCCCUGCCACUAUUACAUCCACUAAGAACAUAGCAACUCAGAUACCGGUACAUCUCAUGCAUCGAAGUAUCCAAACUUCAGGGUAUGCUGAUGUUAACAUGCUCAAGUCAAUCCCUUUCAAGCUCUUGGAAAGUCCUAAUGGAACUUCUCUAGUCAAGAUCAUCUUGCCUGAUCUGAAGACACUUCCAGGAGAAGGCAUCUUAGGAGAUGAGGCAAAGAAACCGUUGUAUGUAUUUUACCCAAACUAUACGUUACCUGAUUUAGCGUUCCUGAGAGAGAAGCAGGAAGAUUUAAAUGUUGCAAAAAUAUUCCUAAUGCCCCAGAAAUUCUCACCAUCACAUUCUCAUGAGCCUGACAAAACAAAUUCUCAUGCUAGAGCUGCAGAUAACAAGAAGACGUCAAGUACUGGUAAGUCUCAGCGUCCCUUCUCUUGCAAUGAUGUGGAAACUCUCCGCAAAAAAGGUUUUGCCCACAUUCAGGACUGGGAUUCACUAACCUUCCUGCUUCCAAGAGAAUAUCGUCAGAUAUUGGCUGAAGUCCCAGAAAUUGUACAUCACCUGAAAGGAAAGAAUGAAGAUUCACUCCGGCCUUUGUUCUGUGUGUCCCCCCCACUGCGUCCAUGCAGUAAGGUCUCAAGGCCCUUGAGCUGUGACUGUGCAUCAGUUGUGACAACUGCAGAAGGAAAGCCCCUCCAAGGUGGAACUAAUACAGCAGCAAAUGUAUCUUCAUCCUCUAGUACUGCAACACAGCCUUCAUCAGGUUAUCGUGGUUCCUCUACCAUCCUCACAGACUCAUCUUCAAAUCACAAUCCAAGUAAUUAUAAUCCUCUUUUUGUUUACCGUUAUGAUAGUGUAAGCUCAGAGUCUAGUCUUAUGAUGAACCAGCAGAAACCAGCUGGUAUCCAACAGCCACCAGCACCUCCUUUACCAAAGCGUUCAAUCUCCCUUCCAGCUGGAAGAGAAGACUCAGGUCCUGUGCAAGAUGCAGACUCCAGUAUUCAUUCACCAACACCACCUAGGCCACCACUCCCACGUGGAAUUCUGCGCAAGUCGCUAGAAAGCAGUAACAACAGUGCAGUCCAUUAUAAUUGCAAAGCCCAUAAGAACAGUGCUAACAGCAAGAGGUAUAGCAUGUUUGAACUAGGAGACAUGUCAGAGGGUUUCAGGGAGGGCAAGAAUAAAAGGCGGUCUCUUCAAGACAAUGACUUCUCAGAAUAUGCUGCAUCACCAAGGAAAACUACAGGAAUAUGUAAAGUAGCUGCAGACAUAAAGAGGAGAGUUCCAUCGGAGAAGAGUGUUAAUGAAAUGGAAGAUGAAGAUUAUGAUGAUGAAGGCGUGGAUGCUGGAACAGAUAGCAGCUUGGAAGAAGGUCAUCUAGGUUAUCAGGUUCGACCUCCAACACCACCAAUUCCAAGAACACCUGAGGUGGGAGAGAGGUACUGCUUCACAAAAGCAAAGCUUGAAGAGGAAGAUGCAGAUGAAGAUGAAGUGCUUCAGCUGAAGGAAUUUCUACAAAUGAGUGGUCUCUCAGUUGUCUGCUCUGGUGAGAGCCUCAAAGAAUGGAAUGAGGCUGACAUGCUGAAAUUACGUCAACAAGUCAGUAUGUUCCUGUCAUCCAAACAAAAUGGCAACACCUCAUCACAUCAAGUAACAGAUGAACAUUGUGGGAAGCAUGGAAAAACCCCUAAUAAUACUCCAGAACACCAUGGCCCAGCCUGUGACUGCUGUAAUGGUGGCAAGGCAACAGGAGGAAAGAAGACUGUAAGCUUUGCUGAGAAAGUUUGUGUUCAUGUCCGUGAAACAGGCUCACCAACUGAGGCAGCUAAUGACAGAACUCUGCUACAUACUCCUCCAAACUCUCCCAAUGUAUCAACAACUCUUGUAACUCACAGAGCAUAUCAGUGCAAGCUGAAUCCCCCAUUGGUGGACAUGCCCAUUCGAGAAGAAUCAGACUCUAGUCCUGAUGGCUAUGCCAGUCCACCAUCUGAAGGAACAAGAGUAUCUGUAGUCCCAAGCAUCAGUGUAGCCCAGCGUCCCAUCCCUGUUGAUCUGGCCCAGAAGAGGGCGCUGGUGACUGCAGUUAGUGAUGCAGUGGAACAAAUGAUCUGCCACUUCUCAGCAGCUGAGAACCAAGCGCACUGCAGCAUGUUGGGAGACUCUACUCACACUCCUGCCUGUGCUCAGUUGGCACUUUCCAAACUGUGCCCUGCUCUGUAUGCUGUUUUGAGUGAUGGUCUUCACCCUACUCUGGACACAGCAUUUGGUUCCAUUCAGAACUCAGUGUGGCAAGUUGUGGAGGCUUCUGCUCAGCAAGGUCUUAUGACAAAAGCACUUAAUGACUUGGUCCUGAGACUGAAUGGUGAAGAUGUCCUGACAGAGGGUCUAAUGAAAUUCAAUGCAUUUGUUUUUGGACUCCUGAAUGUGCGUUCAUUAGAUGCAUGGGCAGGAUAUUUGCGUACAAGAGAAAGUGUCUUACGAAAGCAUUAUGCAGCAGAGGGCCUCUUGUUGCUUGCAAAUACUGCUGGUGCCUCUGUAAGGGCACUCAUGGAUCAACUGCUUGCAUCUCUCCAGCCUUUGUCUCUGCUGCCAUUCAAGUUGGACCUGCUGUUUGAAGUUCGGCAGUUGCACCACAGUUUGCGACGCAUGGGCUCCCUUCCUCAGCCAGAUAUCGCUAGCCAACAGCCUACCACAUCAUCAUCUCCAACAAGUGGAAAAUCCUGGACCCUAUUGAAGUUUGUCCGAUCCAUUCAAAACAGCCUCAGUCAGUCUGGUGAUGAAGAGAAUCAAGGUGGUUGUCACCAUCGCAGACCAGUAUCAGCAGAAGUGCUGCCACGAGCUGAAGAAUCAGCACACCAUCCUAACUGCACUGCAGGCUCUUCAAACAGUCCUCCUCUACCUGAUCUCCUGGACUCCUUUUCCUCUACUCACAAGCAAUGGACUGGGGAAGAUAAACCAAGACCACGAUCAUGCGUUGACAACACAGUACAAGGAACAGGAGGUUUCUCUCUUGUAACAGACAUUGCAAGUACAGUGAAAAAGCGUUGGAGUGGCAUACAGCUUGGCUCAAAACUUUUCCAAGCAUUUGACCGUUUAGCAGCAGAGGAUACUGAAGAGGAGUACUCAGACAGUCUAGAGAAUAAACCAGGAGGAAGAAGGAGACAUACAUCCGGUUCUUCAAAUAAUUCUACUAGUGAUGACUAUGUGGAGAAUAUCACUAGAGAUGAAUCUGUUUCACCUGCACCUUUGCUGAAUGUUAAGGCUACAAAGACUGAUGAGACAAGGUCAGGGGAGUCUGCAUCAGAAAAGAAACCUGCCGGAACAGGAGGGGGGAAGUUCAGGAGGUUGCAAAUGAAGUGGGAAAUGCUGAGUGGCAAAGAAGUGGGUAUAAAUGAGAAAGUUUCUCCAGGAGGAUUAACUUCCCCAGGUCAAGCCAGUGAUGUUACUUGUGGAAGUGCCAACACCAGUGUUACCAGUAGUGGUCGAUCAAAGAUACCUCGUCCUGUGACCUCACCAGUCAGAACUUCUGGGAUUCCUGUCCUAUCUCCUCAGCAGUCCACUCGUUCUAAGAAGGCUGUUACAACACCACCCACCCCCACAAGCUCUUCACAGCUGAGAAGACCAAGUAAUGUUAGUUCAAAGUUUAAGAUCAAUUCAUCUGGUGCAAAAGAGAACUGUGAUGGAAAAGACAUUGCAGUUAGACCUCAAGCUGGUAAAGCUGCAAACAUGAAUGUUACACCUGUGGUGAAACGCCAGCCCUCAGCAUCAACGCGAUGCAGCAGGGUGGAUCAGUUACACAGUGAGGAGCAGGGACAUGGAUCCAGGGGACAUGCAGCCAGACCAAGUAGCCUGCCAUACAGACCAGCCAACACAGUGCAGGGGAACAAGAAUGGGCAGACAGCAAACAAGACAGAGGUGCAAAGGAGAGCUGCAUCUUCAUCACUCAAUAGGCAGAGGCACAGUGACAACCAGGAAGGGCCAAGGUAUGUUCGAACACUAUGUCAUCGACUACCGUCAGAUAGUGGUCACUUAUCAUUCAAUGAAGGUGAACGACUGCGCCUUGUGUUGGAAGUGGAUGAGAAGUGGCUACUUUGUUGCCGGGGUGAUCAGAAGGGACUGGUUCCAAGAACAGCUGUAAAUGCAGGUCUGGUACCAAGGCAAGCUGUGAUUGCAGUACAAGACAACAUCUCAAGAUUUUAAUGAUGAUCCAGGAUUUGAUGACACAACAGGGUCACAUAACCCAGCCUGUAAGACUGUCCAAGACAAGAGAACUAGAAGACAUUUCAUACCAAGAACAACUUUUAUAUACAAUAAGUAAUACUGAAUAAGAGCAGAUUUCCGUUCUUUGUCAUAAAAUGUAACCCAUUAUUAAGUGGUAUUCAUCUUGCUAAAUAGGGUACUAAUACUGAUUUUGCACAGUAUAGACAUUUGGCUUAUAACUGAGGUGUAACAUAUCUAAUAUACCAUACACUACGGAAUGUGUGUCAUAAUUGUAUAACUGUUGUUAGUGACUGAUAUUUUCUUGGUGUGAAAUGUCUCAUUUGUCUAAAUACCAAGUAACAGAGAAGAGUGCAGUUUUGUGUCCGACAUUAGACUGUAUGAAGCACAAACCAAACUUCAAGGUUUUCUGUUUGUGGAAUGGUUGCUAAGUGUGAAUGUAUUGGGUGAAAGUGGAAGUAAAGAAAGAAUGUUUGUUUCUGAGUAAUGUGGAGGUGAGAGCGUUUGGAUUGGCAGUAUAUUAUGGCUUUCAGAUAUCAGGAUAGUUGCAGACUUUUAGAACAUUAAUUAUCAUUUUACUUGGUACUGUGUUAUACGUUAUACUAGGCACUUCAUUAUGUAGAAAUAUACUAUGAAAGAUCAAUGUCCCCUAUACAAGCUAACAAAAGAAAGAUGAUCUUAAUGACAAAUACUAUGGAGAGGGAGAGAAGCCUUUGCAAAUUCAGAAGAGUAAAUUCUUGCAGCUGUGAAGAAAUUGUUGGCGCUGAAUACUAAUUUUAUGAUAAUCCUGUCUUAAUUCAAUGAUCCUAAUUCCUUAUCUUCUUAUGUGUGUUUAAAUGUUAAAUAUUUAUUAUUAUUGUCACUUCAGGCUUAAAGCUGCUUAUUUGUGAUCCCUUUAACAGCUUUGGCUUUGUAAGGUGACCAGUAGAUGGCACCAUUCUAUAGCAUCUUUUCUGCACCUGAGCUUGCAUGGGCCAGGUAUACGGCGUUGAUACCUCAUGGUUCCCACUUCCAGCUCCCUUAUUGUCUCAUUCUCUUGCUUCAUUCUGUAUGAUUUUUUUUUAUCGUUAAUUAAUGCAAUUUAAUACUUAGGUCAAUGUAAUAUCAAGCAUCUGGCAGUAAUUCUAUUAUCUGUGGCAAAACUUCAGACUGGAUAUGAGAACAGAAGUACAUAAUCACAAUGUGACAGGAUAGCAAAAUUCCUUUCCAGUGUGAACUACUGUGUAGUCACUAUCACAUGACACUGGUGUCAGAAGUGGGAUGGAAGUGCCUAGUAAAAAAUAAGAUAUUUUGUCUUGUGUCAUUUGCUGUCAGUUUUAGAUACGAGGUAUUUAUGGCAGUGAAAUCUUAGACUGUGAUCUUCUGGGUAAUGACAUGAUGUGGUUUCAAAGAUGGUUAUGAACAUUUUGGAGGAGCAUGCUGCUUCCACCAUCAGGAUAGAAAGUAUUGUAACAGGCUAGUUGGUCUCCUUUUUCAUCUAACUUCCUCCACGCCCUGUUAACAGAGAUAGCUUUACCUUAUUUUACCUUACUAUAUUUAAACAUGUAACAGGCAUGGUAAACACAUUUCCUUUUUUCAUUUAACCGUUAUAUUUCAGUACAUGAUAGAUUUGGUAAAUCUGUCUCCUCUCUCAUCUAAUGACUGCAAUAUAUUUGAAUUAAUGAUAAUGGUAGAACAUGAAAGAAUGCAUCAGUGCACCUUACUUUGUUACUAAUGGUAGACAGUACAUUCAUAUCUUUUUUAACAAAAGUAAGAGCCGGGAUUGCAAAACCAGUAUAGCAACUGGCUAUGGGCUGGACGACCAAGGGGUCAGAGUUCGAGUCCAGGUAGGGUCAAGAAUUUUCUCUU